CACCAUCUUUUCUCACUCAUGCUGUGUGCCAUUCCCUCCCUCUCCCUUCUUAUACUUCCUCAAAGUGGCCGGAGCUUCUCUCUUAUCCUCUUCACAUCCUAUCCAUCUCUCCAGUUUUUUACUUGUUUUAUCAAAAAUCAACUCUAAUCUCAGGCCAAUUUUUUUCCUGAACUUUUUUCUAACGAUUGUUUUUAUUUGUUCAGCUCUUUUGGUGGGGAGGUUGGUUCCUUAUCCCUUCUCAUUCUGGUCUACAUCCUUGGAGUGUGCAAGGUCUCUCUGACUUAAGUCUUCAACAGUUUUUGGCAGGAGAAAAGUGCGUGGAAGAAUUUCCCACCAUAAUGAAAGUUCAGCUGCUGCUCCUGCUGGCCCUGGCCGGCCCUCUCUGCUCCUUCACACGUGCAAGCCCCACGACGGUCCCCACAGAAGUCAAAGAGGAAGAAACAACAAUCCAAGUUGUUCAGACAAUGAAACAGGACACUAUCAUCACUGCUCCUUCUCCCACCGAUCCACAAUAUCUCCCUGAGCUUGUAAUGGCCAGCACUGAUAGACCUGUACCUGAAACUGAGGCUCAUACUGUCUUUACUACAGCACUAGAUCCAACCACUGAAACUAGUGUAGUAGAGACUGAAGCUGCAGCUGUGGACACUUCAGCUUAUGCUGAGACGACUUUACUUCCGGCCAUUACUGCUGAAGCUCCUGUUCCCGAAACCACAGCUCCUGAAGAGAUUGGAGGCACCUUACCUGAGACGACCGAAACACCGGCUAAUCCAAGUCCAUCUGAGAACCCACAUGAGGAAACUAGGAACGGCCAAACUGGUAAAGAGGUGGAAAAUAAAGAUGACAUGGUGGAAGGGGACCUGAGCACUGGACAGAUAGUGGGAAUUGUGAUUGGUGCCAUCAUGGCAGUGGUUAUUGUCACCGCUGUGGUGAUUGCAGUGUUGAAGAGGAUGGGAAAAUACUCCCCUUGAGGAAAAAGUCCACCAAGCAGCAGGAGCGUGUAAAGUUCUGGAAAUCCUAAACUACUGAACUGUGACAUUAACUUUGAUAAUUAAAACAAGCACAAUGCCAGAACUAAACUAAUCUAACCUGGACUUGAAAUGACGCAGAACCAGUGAGUGUAGGGAGAGCUGAGUCUGUUGAUGUAUAUAAACAGGGUGUACUAUAAUGUAUGUGAGACAAGAGGGGUGCACAAGCCAAAAUCUUCAUUUCCCCCGCUUACCUCCCAAAACUGAAGGAGCAGCUGAUAUUAAAAGCUCUCUCUUCCCUUAUUUUCCUGAAGUGAACAAAAUAAGGGGACAUCAAAAUUGUCAUAAUUCUAUUGUUGUGCUUUUUAAAUGCAUUUUGUUGAUUACUAAGUAAAGAAACAAUUAUCUGACAUCAGGAGGAAGGCAUUUUUCUCCAUUAAAGUGAAGUAGGUAACCAAAAUUACUGUUGAACGGAGACAUGUAUCAAAUACACAAGUAGAAAAUACUGUUGCAAAUCCAUAGGAUGUAUGUACUGUAUAAUGUAGUAGCGCUGCAUAGCAUAGAGCAAACAACUCUUUCAUUUUCUUGCAGUUGCAUAGGCUAGCAUUUGAUAAUAUUCAAAACACAGUAUGAACAGAGAAUCAUAGAAAAUCAUUGAACAGUGCUAUAAAAAGGUAUGUGCCCUUACAAAGUUCUCUUUUUUUUUAUUUUGUCACACGUAAAUGUUGCAAUAAAUGGCAACCAGUCUUACAUCUCUGCUGAGUUUUGUCCCACUGUUCAUUGCAGCAUUGUUUUAAUUCAGCUAUAUUGGAGAGGUUUUUUUAACCAUAAACAGGUUGUUCAGGUCCAUGCCACUGCACUUCAACUGGAUUUAAAUCUGGACUUUGACUAUGCCACUCCAAAACCAUUUUGCUUGUUUUCAUUGAGCCACAGAGAGCUGGACUUGCUCAUAUGCUUUAAAUUAAAGUUGUGCUCUCUACCCCAAGCAGCUUGAGUUACCACUUUCUCCCCUAUGAUUCCAUCCAUUAUGGCAAGUCAUCCAGAUCCUGAAGUAGCCAUCCAACCCCAGACCAUCACGCUGCCACCUCCAGGUUUGACUUCCAGUAUGACAUGUUAGUUGUAUGCCAGACAUAACAGGAUACACUCCUACCAAAAACGUCAGUCCACAGAAUGUUUUCUCUCUAAGUCUCUUGGUAUUAAUCAAGAUGUUUUCAGGAAAAUGUCAAAUGAGCCCUUGAGUCCUUUUUGGUGACCAAUGGUUGUCACCUUGGGACUUUGGAAGCCAUUUUUGCCCAGUCUUUUUAUUAUUGUUAAAUCAUGAGCACUAGCCUUUUUUUCUUUUUUGAGCUCCUGGAUGAGUCACUGAUGCAUUUCAGGAGUAACUGUUGUACGCUAGCCACUCCUGGCAAGGUUCACGACUGUUCAAUGUUUUCUUUUAGCCUACUUCAUAUUGUCAGACAGGUUCUAAUUAAACAAUUUCUUGAUUCUACAGGUCUGCUAGUAAUCAGGCCUGGGUGUGGCUUGUGAGAUUGAAUUCAACUUUCAAAAAACUGUGGUUGAUUACAGAUAAUUCAUUAUUUACAGGGGGAGUGACCAUAUUUUAAAUUUUUUCCUGUUGUAAAUGAAAUCAUCAUAGAAAAACACCUUUUUGUUACUACAUGGUUAUUUUUAUCUGACAUAUACUUUUUUAAUAAUCUGAUACCUUUAAAUGGGAUAAAAAAUGCAAGAACAAAAGAAACGUGUACAAGGGGUAAAUACUUUUUCACAGCACUGUAGUUAAUUCAUUCUAGACGACCAGUUAGAACAAUUUCUCAUGCAGCCAGAAGUCCUGACACGUUGGCCAAUUGUAGGAAGCACAGCGUGCAAACGUUGCUGUGUCCAUAGAAGUGCUCUCUGAGGGUGAGCGGAGCAGAAACAGGAUCCCUCAUUUGCAGGAGGAACGUGACAUUCUGCCCACUUUAACACUGACACAUUAAAACCUAAUACAUAUCUGUGAAAUUUAGCAGGAGGGUUUGUGCCACUGUUUCUGGUAUUCUGUCGCUAGCUCAGAGGAUUCAAAAGUUUUUAAGUGUGUUACGAGUGUGACUUGACUGGAGAUUUUCAGCUGGCACCCGCUCCUUGAACAUCUACUUUAGGCCUUCAUGCUGCCAUGGGUUGUUAGACAUAAUAAUAGUAUUAGCAAGUAAGCGGAGUUUUCUGUUUUUCUGUUACCAGAACAGCCGUCCAGUUAUUAACCACAGAUUGCACACAGGAUUACAUUUCAUAGCUGCACUUAGUUUUAAUGCUUAGUGUUAAGCAGGUAGUUUUGUUGUUUUUCCAAUUGCAACUGUGCUAACUGGGUGUAUAAAUAUUCUUAUAUUACUCUGCCUGCUUUUUAAAACCUGUUUAAUAUGUGCACUGAAUAAGAGGAGUAAUGUUAAAGGAUUUAGGCUUUAGACAAAUAUCUGCAAUGAUACAUUUCUUCUGCUUUGCCAUGAUGUCUUUAAUUUGUGCCACGUGUUUCAUGCAAUCCUUUUAUUUAAUUGCUGUUUUUGUUCUUACAGUUUCAAUAAAAAAUGAAAUAUUUCACAAAA